AAUUUAUUGUGCUUCUUUUCUGAAACAUUUGUUCAAAUAUCUCAACAGGCUCUAUUAAAAAAAUCUCUUACGGUUGAUAUUUUCCAUCUUCAGAUCUUGAUCUAUGAAAUAGAACCUUUAGAUCCACUACACGCCAAUCAGAAUUGAAUAGAAUAUUAUUAUAAGUUUCUUCAAAUAGAAUGCAAGACUUUUUUAGCAAUAUGUUGACGAAUUCAGGAGUCCAAGUACGAGGGAAUAAGUUGGGCCUAUUCUACGCGUUUAUUUCUUGUUACCUAUUUCAGUAUUGCUCGGGGUCCUUAUGGGCGUCUGCACAAAGGGCUCGUGUAAAUUCCCUCUAUGUAUUUUUUUCAAUACGAGUCCUGUACUUUUGUACUUAUCCGUACAUAAAGAUGCGAUGCUAAUCCUAAAAAAAAAAUAAAAAAUAAAAAAAACACUUUUUUGUAAAUUUCUUAAACAAGAUUAGU